AUGAAAGGAUUGAAACAAUCGUUCAAAAAGUUGGGCCGAAGUAAAUCGAUAGCCAGCGUCGGCAGCGGUGGCCAGGGAUGGGACGGCCAGGAAAAGGAGGCCCUAAUUGACCGGAGCAUCAAACGUGUGGCAUAUCUCGAGUCGUUUCCCAAAGUGAUUGAUUACAUGGGAUAUGAAUUGCCGGGCGAUGUCAUCAACCCUAAGGUGUUGGACAACAUCCAGGACUUGGAUGUCCGCGAGAGUGACAUAUUUAUCGUGUCGUACCCGCAGUCCGGGGCGUCGGCUGUGGAGGAGUUGGUGCUUAAACUGGUGGACAAAAUGCUGGAGAAACAACCGCAGGGCCGGCGGCAGCGCUCGGCUAGUGUGAGCCGUUUGGAGGCCGCCCACCCGUACGGACACCUCCGGUGGCUGAACGCCCUGAAGUCGCCCCGCAUUUUGGCCUCUAAUCUCCCGCUGGCUUUGAUGCCCGACUCCGUCAAAACUCCCGUUUGCAAAAUAAUAUAUGUGUUGCGUAACCCAAAGGACCAGUCGGUGUCGUACUACUACCAGCACCGGGUGAAAGGCAUACUGUCCUCGUUUGACGACUUCAUAUCCCUCUAUAUGUGCGGACACUUACUAUACGGCGAUUACUUCUCACACAGUUAA